AUGCCGCUGGAGGAGGGACUGCGGAGGACCGUGCAGGAAUGGCGGCGCUUGAGCAACCUUGACCGGAUGAUGUACUACGAGAGGGCGGAAAAGAUGGAGGCGCUGGUGGGGCCCGUCCACUCAGGCAGAGGCAAGUCACAUGCAGAAUGUGGAAAGGACGGAAAUGAGCCGAAGCAGGAAGAGGACGACACCUACAUGGACCCGUGUCUCUUGAGCUACAUGGACAAGCAGCGUUCCCGGGAAGACUCUGUCACCAAGGUAGUAGGGGUCAGUGAUGAAGCCUGCCCACCAGAGAUUGAUUUUGAGGCUCUUCAUAGGCCCAUCCGAACAGACACUGGCCCGUUCGUGCUCAGAGACUUUGUUCCCUCUCGAGGACGUCAGGCUGGCAAGGGAGGCUGGACCCCAGGCUUUCCUCCUCAAGCUCCACCACCAGCUGCCCAGCUGGCCCCUAUCAUUCGCCCAGUGAACCCUGGGCCAUGGCCACAUGACACUUCCAGGGAGGGCCGCCUGGCCACCAACCAGCCCAACGCCUCGCAGGAUGGCUCCUCUAACCCCCAGAGAGAGUACAGUAACUUCCGACGUUGGCAGCGCUUCAAGCCCCUGGCCCGGAGACACUUUCGCCUGAGUCCUGAUGCAGAAGCUUUUUCCUGCUUUCUCAUCCCAGUGCUUCGAUCCGUGACCCGCCUGAAUCCCACCAUGCCGCUGGAGGAGGGACUGUGGAGGGCCGUGCAGGAAUGGCGGCGCUUGAGCAACCUUGACCGGAUGAUCUACUACGAGAGGGCAGAAAAGUUCAUGGAAUUUGCGGCUGAGGAGGAGAUACACAUUCAGAAUUUGCAGUGCAUGCAGUGCGCGCAGGACCUGCCUCCUCCAGCCCCACCGAAGCUGGAUCCUCGGGGGCCCCCAGCCCCAAAAGUGCACCUUCAGCCAGGCACCCAGGAGAUUCCCCCUGAGACUGUGAGGGAGUAUGUGGACAGGAUGGAGGCGCUGGUGGGGCCCGUCCACUCAGGCAGAGGCAAGUCACAUGCAGAAUGUGGAAAGGACGGAAAUGAGCCGAAGCAGGAAGAGGACGACACCUACAUGGACCCGUGUCUCUUGAGCUACAUGGACAAGCAGCGUUCCCGGGAAGACUCUGUCACCAAGGUGGAGGCAAUCAUUCACCCUCGAUUCCUGGCAGAAUUGUUUCCCCCAGACCCACAUCUGGAUCUCUUGGCCCUUGCUGAGGAGCUGAAGCAGAAGGAAGGACUCACCCCUGAAGAACUGGUGCAGAAACAACUCCUGGACUUGAAAGAGGACGAAGGACGUCAGGAGGUCUCUCCAUUCCGGGCCGGACGGCCCUCCCCUCCCCAGGGUCAAAGGCACACUGGCCCUCUACUGGGACCCAGGGAUGCAUCUGUUCUCAGAGAGGCGUCUCCUGUUCCGGAGGCCCGAGGGCCCAGGGACGCGUCCAGUGAGGACGAGGAGGCGCUCUCCAGCCUGGCCUUCCUCUUUGCCUCUCCGCAGAGCCUGCCGCCUUGCGGUCUGUCCCAGAGUGCUGCCCCUGCCUCAGGCCUGGCCUCCCCUGGAGCCGCUGCUGAGAAGCUGCCCAUCCCCGGGGCUGGCCACUGGGUCUCUAAGAGGCCAGCCUUGGCUCUGGGGCUGGCUCGCCCCUCACAGCCGAGAAAGAGAAAGGGUGACCCGUUUGUCACAGGGAAGAGGAGGACGAAGAAGAGGAAGCACUGCAGCCUGUAG